GUCCGAAGUUAUGCACAGUCAAAAAGCAAAGAGAUAAGACAAACUGGGUCCGAAGUAACGGAAUCGCCUGUUUAACAAUUGUCGGUCUGCAAACGUUUAUUCUGUUGACGAUUAACACUGACUUGUUGUUAUUAUUGCACUUCAGGCCAGAAAAUUCCUUUAUUUUGUAUUAGAUUUUGUUUAAAUCCACUGCACAACAAUAUCACCAAUGUCUGCGCUGCCAGCUUUUUGGCAGCCUAAUUUUCCAAUAAAAACUCAGCAUUAAUUUGGGAAAUGUUAUAAAUGUUAUUUCUUGUGAAUUUGCGCUUAGAAUAACGGCGACAACAACAAAGGCAUUUGUCUGCGAAAAAAUUCGCCGACAACAAUGCUUAGCGAUCAAGAAUCAUAUAGAAUGGAUAAGCUUCAUGAUUAUCAGGGGAUAGCAGGUCGAUUUCAUCAAUGGAGAGACAACAUUAAAGAAUUUUACAAGGAAUUCCAGGAAAAAAAUUCAACAAAUUUAAUUGAUACAGUCAAAAGACAGCUUAAAGGAAACGAGAGUGCCAAUAAAGACUUUAGCCAUGUAUUUAGAACAAAGACACGAUCUGAAUUAGUCAGAGUUUCUGCAGCUGUUAUGGGCAUCGAGUUCUCAUAUGCAGCCGAAACAGCAUUUGUUUCCCCAACACUUUUAAAAAUUGGAGUUGAGCAUCAGCAUAUGACACUGGUAUGGGCCUUAUCUCCGUUGGUUGGAUUUUUUCUAUGUCCCAUUUUGGGAUCUUUAUCUGAUCGCUGCAAACUGAAUGUUGGACGCCGACGACCAUUCAUACUCCUUUUAUCAAUUGGUGUUAUUUUUGGUCUUCUUUUGGUGCCAAACGGCGAAACGUUGGGAUAUUGGUUUGGAGAUGAAAAUUUACAUUCACCAGAUACGUUUUCAGAAAUUAACAAUUUAAAAAAUAUCUCUUCUAAUCACAAUUCGCCACCAAACUCUUCCCAUUCUUGGGGUAUAUUUUUUACCAUAUUAGGAACUGUCCUCCUCGACUUUGAUGCUGAUGCUUGUCAAAGUCCAGCCAGAGCUUAUCUGUUAGACGUAUGUUUACCAGAAGAUCAAGCAAGAGGCUUAUCCACGUUCACCAUAAUGGCAGGACUAGGAGGAUUUUUUGGUUAUUCAAUGGGAGGCGUUAAUUGGGAUGAAACGGAAAUCGGACAACGUUUGGGUGGGCACGUAAAAGCCGUUUUUUCUAUAAUAACAAUUAUUUUUAUUGCGUGCGUGACAUUUACAUUAACCAGUUUUGCAGAAAUUCCUCUUUGGGUACUAGCAAACACGGAUAAAAGUAAUUGUAAAAGCGAAACGUUAAAAGCACAAUCAAAAUCAUAUGGUGCUUGUGAAUCCGACGAUAAGACGCUUAAUGAUAUGGAAGAUAACAAGCAGAUAACAACUGAAGAAGAAAAUCCAAACAUCAGUUUAGCUUAUAGAAUUGUUGAUGAAACUAGUUUUACUGAGGAUUCUGAAAUCGUUCAAGAAAAUACAUGUGCACAAAACGGAGAUUCAGACAAUGCCCAAAACACAAUGGAAGUGGAAUCUUUAAGUCACUAUUUACUUUCUAUUGUUUAUAUGCCGUUGUCAUUAAGAAUGAUAUGUGUGACAAAUCUUUUUUGUUGGAUGGCACAUGUUUGUUAUUCGCUAUACUUUACGGAUUUUGUGGGCGAGGCUGUAUUUCAAGGAGAUCCCAAAGCAACUCUAGGCUCUCGUCCCCAGAAACGUUAUGAAGAAGGAGUACGUUUUGGAUGCUGGGGCAUGGCCAUGUACUCCUUAUCAUGCUCCUUUUACUCACUUAUAAUUGAAAAUCUAAUUCAGCGAUUUAGGGCUAAAACAGUUUACGUUGGAGGACUCCUUUUCUAUUGCAUUGGAAUGGCUUUAAUGGCCUUAACUAGAGCCAAACUAAGUGUAAUAGUCUUUAGUUGGACAGCGGGUAUAAUGUACUCUACUCUAUUCACAAUGCCUUAUCUUCUUGUGGCUCACUAUCAUAAUGUUUCUACGUUUGAAUUGGAUAUAAACGGUGCACCAAAACUUGGAUCAGGAUUGCGUGGAUUGGGUACUGAUGUGGCUAUCAUAAGUAGCAUGGUUUUCUUAGCCCAAUUUCUUUUAUCUUUAUGUAUGGGAACUAUUAUAAAAAUAUCGGGAACUACAACAGCUGUUAUUAGUACAGCCAGUUUUCUAAGUUUUUGUGGAGCUUUGUCUGCUACAAGAAUUAUGUAUUUAGAUCUUUAACCAUAAUAUGAAUAAAACACUUAAUUAAUUUUAACAAAUAAUAAACUGAUACAUAUUAUUUUGACUUAAAA